UUCUAGUCUUAGUAGUUAGGAAUCAUGCAAGUUAGAACACGUCAUACAUUGAAUAGCAACGUGUUUAUCGGCAACAAGCAUAUGCACACGUCUAUAGGUCACGUGGGCUAUGCAAAUGAGGGAGCAGGUUCACAGGGAAGCAUACACAAGGUGGCUUGUCAAUAUGGCGGCUAGAAGCGACGAAAUAGGUGAGUCAAUUGCUCAUGAAAAUAGCUCAUUUUACGUCGUUAAUGGGGAAGAAAAACAACUAAGUAAUAAUUCUCAAGGUGACGGUGGUCAUCUUCCAACUUUGGAGAGCAUGCUAGAAGCUGCGACUGAUCUUCAAAGCGACCAUAUCGAUCAACCAACUAGCAAAAUUUCUGGGCGUCUUGAGAUGAGGCAUGAUAUUGUUGAAAACCACCCAGCAGUACCAAAUGCAGGUGCAACAUCCCUUGCUCCUCAACCAUCAGUUGGUCAGUACAUACAGACCUCGUCAGGUGGUUAUGGAUAUUCUAAGCCAGUAACAGAACAAGGUGCUGGGCCAGUUCUUGUCAGGGCUGACACAUCUGCCAAGGUAGAGGCUCUGAAGAAAUGGACAAUAUCAGCAUACAAAUGUACAAAACAGCUUGUAUCAGAGAAGCUAGGAAGGAGAGCAAAAACUGUAGAUGAAGAGCUAGAGAAGCGAAUUGAAAGCCUCAGAGAAACACAAAGAAAGUAUGCUAAUGUGCUAAAGCUGGCCAGACAAUUAACUCAGAAUUUCCAUGCUAUCAUCCAAACACAAAAGUUGAUGGCUGAAGAUUUCAUGGACUUGAGUAUGAAAGCUCCUGAACUUCAAGAUGAAUUUACACAAAAUGGUGACCUUCAGAAAGUCCUUGUAAAGAAUGGUGAAACCCUACUGAAUGCACUUGGAUUUUUUACAACAAAUCUCGCGACCCUUUGUAACAAGACAAUAGAAGACACAAUUCAAACUGUGAAAGCUUAUGAAUCAUGUAGAAUCGAAUAUGAUGCCUAUCGGUCAGACAUGGAGAUAUCUGAAACCAGUGGGGUUUCACAGAGGGUAGAAGAGGCCAGAAAAGAAUUUUCUUCCCAGAGGGAGAAAUAUGAAAAAGUUCGCCAGGAUUUACAGAUCAAAAUGAAAUUCCUUGAAGAAAAUAAGGUCAAGGUAAUGAGAAAGCAGCUUCUGCUGUUCCAUAAUGCAGUGGCUGCCUACUUCGCAGGAAACAAAAAAGAGCUUGAGAAUACAAUGAAAGAGUUUCACAUCAGAGUGCAAAAUAAAGGGGAAGGCUCUUCAUUUUUAGAGCAACACUAAGCAGAACUACAGUAUUCUUUGUCUAGUGGAUGUUUAGAUGUUUGAAAGUAAAGUACAGUUCUUUGUUUGUUUUCACAAUUCAAUUUUCCCAUUUGCCAAAGAAUCAUCUUACAGAUAUAUUUUGAUAAGAGCAGUAAUCUCCUCCCUAUCAUAUUGAUUAUAUGUUCAUUUUGACAUUAUAUAAAUUGCAUUCAAGACAAAACAUUAUUUAUCAUUCCUGGAGUAUCUAUGGAAUAAGAAUAUAUUUUCUUUAUCAGUUGUUAUUUCUACCUAGUUUGAGCCUUACCUUGAGGUACCAAAAGGUAAGAAGCUAAGGUGAUGCUUAUAAGAUAUGUGUAUGAAUAGCUUAAGUGAUGAUCUAUGACUUCCCUAGCGUACACAGUCUGACAAAGGUGCCAAAGUGUUCACAUGGGUCCUCCAGGCAUGAAAAGUCAAGAUUGGGCUUUCUGUGCAAAAAUUAGUAAAUCUAUUCUCAUAACUUAAAUUGCUGUUCAAGGCAAUGAUCAAUUGAUGAAUCUGAAUAUAGGUAAAUGAUGUUAACUGACAUAUUCUAUAUGACUAUUUUAAAUUAGAUCAGAGGAGAAAUCAAAUGACAAAUAAUUUUGACAGAAUAUGUGAAUAACAAUUUAAUAUUUUAAAACUUUGAUAAAGGUGAAUGAAUAUUGAAUUAAUAUUGAGCAAGCCAAAUCAAAGUCAGAAACUUGUUUAACCUCUUUUUGCCUCUUUUCCUUAACUUUUUAGUUGUAGACAAUAGCCAUGAUAAUAAAUUUUCCAAGCCAACGUUUGAAAUCUGACACCUGAUCCUGGAUGAAGGUUUCACGUGGCUGCAACCUUAAAGGCCCAACAAAUCUUUCAAAUUAGUGUUUAGAAAAUUCUUGCUUUUUCUUAAUGCUUUAGCUCUAAAUAGUGAAAGUUUAAACCUUAGAUUCAACAUAGCCAUCAAUUGUGCCUAAGAUGAAGUAUGUUCAUAAUAUGUUAAACUCCGAUUCUCCAUGUUAUUUAAACGCCUCUAAAAAGUAUAAAUGUAAAGGCGUGAAUGUAACUAUAAAUGGUUGAAAUCUGGAAGACAGACUGACAAUGAAAUAUAUACCUCUUG